AUGCAUUUAGCUUAUCAUGAAGGCUACAUAAUCAAUCAGCCAAAAGAAUUUUUCAUCAAGUAUGGUCCUUAUGUCAAAAACAUGAUUUAUGCUUUUAAAGCAUUUGGUACUGUCGCGGGUUUUAUUCUUCCCAAUUUCGCAUUCGCUCAACAAGUACCUAUACCGAACAUACUCAAAGAUGGAGAGUUUUGGAAUGAUUUCGCCGAUAAAAUGAAUACAGUCGACAACGUUGUGAAUAAUCUCAUGGCUAAACCAACUGAUAUAGCUAUGAAUCCAACUGGUUCUCAAACAUAUGAAGGUGCUGAUUUAAGACAAUUAGAAAAAUUCUUCAAGAAAACAGAUGAUUGUCGAACAUUGGGCAAUUUGUAUCGAACAACUACUGAUGAAGGACAUGUAAGAUGGGUGUGCAUAAAACAUUUUAACGAAACCUACAGUAAAACACGCAUGGAGGAGUUUAUAAGAUUGUUUGAAGCUAUGGGAGGUGAAUUUUACCGACAACAGGAUCAAGCAAUUUUAAAAAAAGCAGUAAAUAUAAAAAUGUUCUGUGAAUUACUUAGCAAAGGCUUCAACAUGUAUAAAUUAUCCUUUAUUUCGUACGAGAUGCGUGAAAAAGACUUUGUUACUUUGCUGGAAGCGAUCAACCGUUCAUUCAUUAAAGAGUUGGAAUUGAGCAACAUCAAAAUAUCACCACUAGUCGGAUCAAAAAAAGCCUCAUUAUAUAUAAUAGAAUUAAUUGAGAAACAUUUAGGAACAAAACAGUAUUUAACAGUAUGGUUGGAUAUCCCGAAGUGUGAUGCGAUGUUCAAUCAACCGAAAUUUGCACAAAAGCUGUUAACUGAUCAUAGUAAUAUCAUAAUUAAAAUUGAUAAUAAACCAUACACAAAGCAGACGGCGCUUGACUUAAGAGGCGACGAAAUAUCAGAUGAUGGAGCUAAAGCUAUUGCCACAGCACUCAUGACAAAUCAAACAUUAACAACACUUGACUUAGCCGACAACCAAAUAUCAGCUGAUGGAGCUAAAGCUAUUGCCACAGCACUCAUCACAAAUCAAACAUUAACAACACUUAACUUAUGGAACAACAAAAUAUCAGCUGAUGGAGCUAAAGCUAUUGCCACAGCACUCAUGACAAAUCAAACAUUAACAACACUUGACUUAGCCGACAACCAAAUAUCAGCUGAUGAAGCUAAAGGUAUUGCCACACCACUCAUGACAAAUCAAACAUUAACAACACUUGAUUUAUGGAACAACCAAAUAUCAGAUGAUGGAGCUAAAGCUAUUGCCACAGCACUCAUCACAAAGCAAACAUUAACAACACUUAACUUACGCUCCAACGAAAUAUCAGAUGAUGGAGCUAAAGCUAUUGCUACAGCACUCAUGACAAAUCAAACAUUAACAACACUUAACUUAUGGAACAACAAAAUAUCAGAUGAUGGAGCUAAAGCUAUUGCUACAGCACUCAUGACAAAUCAAACAUUAAUAACACUUAACUUACGCUUCAACGAAAUAUCAGAUGAUGAAGCUAAAGCUAUUGCCACAGCACUCAUGACAAAUCAAACAUGA